AUGCUGGGCUCAGUGUACUUCACCGGCCUGACAACAGUUACCGUGGACAUCACAUACGUCGUCACCACCGUCGGCUACACCGCCGCCGGCCUGCAGUGCAUGAUUGUGUCCCACAGCCUGGGGUACCUGCACAGCCAGGCAAACUUCAACCCCAGCCAGACCACGGUCCUCUACGCCGUGGCCCAGGUGCGUUCCAUCGCAACAGGCUACUGGGCGGCCGCCUGCUCGGCCCUGAACGCCGACGACAAGGUCCUGGACAGCGUCUACCUGACGCUGGGCACCGCGACCCCGCCGCCCCCGCCCCCCCCCGCUGCCGCGUGCUCCAGCGUGGUCCCCGUGGACGACAGCACCGGCGCCUGCUCCGACUACACCCGCUACCUGGUCCUGUGCCUGGAGGGGUCGGCGCUGACCGCCAGGUGCGCCGCGGGGACCGUGACGCGCAACCUGCCCACCUGCCCCACCUCGGGGCUCACUGGGACGGUCGGGGGACGCUGCCCCGACGCCAGCACGCCCAACCUGGGCCUCUGCUUCUCCUUCGACAGCGCCCAGGAGACCGUGCAGUGCUUCCCCGUGCCGACGCCGACGCCGGACCCCGCCUCGCCGCCGCCGCCGCCACCCCCGCCCACGCCACCCCCCGCGCUCCCCGCCCUCUCCGGGACGGUGGCGAAGGUCAAGGCACGCUUCACCCUCACCGUCUCCUCCUCAGGCCCCGCCCCCUCCAGCGUCAACUACGGCUUCUUCACCACGGCGGGGGCGGCGCAGGCCAUCGGAUCGGGGCUCUACAACGUCGCCACCCCCACCAUCGUAGACCUCAACGAGGGGGAUGCCGACGUUGUGUCCUAUGUGCAGGCCGUCGCCGUGGACGUUGCUGGCAGCUCCUCGGCAGCGGUCACGCUGGUGUGGGUGUAG